UCUUGCAGUGUGACAUUUAGAGCAGCUUAUUUGCCAGUGAAAAUAAUUAUCCUGUAUUUCCCAGAUGGAUUUGGAGAAGGAUGUUCUGGAGCACAUGGCGGAUGGAAUGCUAAACGAUGUUGUAUCUUCCAGGGCAUACGAAUGGUUGUUUAAGAAAUAUGAUAAGCUUUUUAAAGAUAAGAUAGUGAUGGACGUGGGUUGUCGCAGUGGAUUGCUUAGCCUUAUGAGUGUGGAGGUGGGUGCAGUCAAGGUCAUAGCUGUGGGCAAUAAGGAAAGUGCCGACUUUGUCAAGCGAGCUAUUUCCAAAAGCGAAAAGGAAGAUAUCUUCGAGUUCGUCGAGGGCGAUAUUAACGAGAUACUGCUUCCUUGUGGUCUGAAGAAAGUGGAUGUCAUAGUGUCAGAGUGGAUGGGGCACUCAGUUUUCGUGGAGUCUCUUUUCAAGGAGGUGAUCUAUGCCAGAGAAAAAUGGCUCGUUAAAGGUGGUCACAUCAUACCCAAUGUGGUUCAGCUUUUUAUCUGUGGAAUUGCACACCAUAGACGAGAAAACAUCGAAGUGAAUAUUCUUCCCCAGACUGAUUAUCCCGGUCGUAGUUAUAUGGUCAACGAACCCGUGCGCUUGAUAGAGGAUUAUGUGACCAAAGAGCAACAGGUCACUGAGAAGUUCCUCUUGAAGACCCUCGACCUCUGCACCGCCCUGAUAAGUGAUGAGAACUUUAGACUCCCCUUCAAGCUGAGGGGUCUAACGGCGAGUCCUUUGGGAGCUGUGGUUCUCUACUCGGACGUAGGAUUCUCCCAGCCCAUGGGCAAGUAUAGGCGUUUGUUCUCCACGAGUCCCAAGAAACCUCGCACUUAUCUCAAGCAAACUAUACUCUUCGUGGACGAUCCCGUUGAGGUGGCCAGACAUAAGCUGGUGGAGGGUUUCCUCGGGAUGUACUACAAUCCCGAUGAGCAUCGCGAGGUGGAGUACUCCCUCUCGUUCGCUGGCAUCAAGGUGGAACACUCAGGAUCUGAAGAGUCGGAGGAACCUGAAGAAGUUGCGGAAUCCGAUUUUGAGCCAGACGAUGUGGAUUUGAGGGAAUAAAAGAGUUCUCCUGUUGAUGUA